UGAUUGGUCAAAUUUGAAAUCAAACGACAACGGUUAAUCUUUAUUCUAUCAUGUUAACAAUCAACCAGGAACCAGUCUACUCUGUGCAGAAACAACGAAAAUUGAUAAAUCUUACAUCUUUAUACAAUACUCAUCAGUCAUCACUCAUCAGUAAUAGUCACUACUUUACUAGCCAGUAGCCAGUGUAUCGACAACCGGUUAGGUUCAGUACCAUCGUGAAAGUACCGCGUGAGUUCAGUUUUCAAAGUUGUGUUUACUGUUUAUGUUCCUACUUGGCUACUGCCUACUUCGUAUGACGUUAAUGUCUAUACAUUCUACACACUUCACAGAUCACAGUAGUACACUAGUAUAGUUCAGUCAGCAAUAGGAUUUGACAAAAAACUCAAAACAAAUAUUUAUACGAUUGUUUUUCCUUUUAUGGUGGAUUAUUCUAAAUCUAAUCUAAAACCCUUAUAAUACCGCAAUAAAAUUAACGCACCACUUUUUAUAUUGAUAUCUGAAAUAUGAAAUCUUCACGGUCCACAUCUUCCAAACUCCCCAGUAGAUUUGCGAGAAGAUUAAUGUCCGAGUCAUCGGACGAUAGCGAUGAUGGAGCUUCUUCAAAUUCUCAUAUGGACAGUGCUCGAGCGGAAAAAGCCUUUUCUCGCCGCAAGCGACAAACACCCACUCUAGAUGAACCAAAUGUUAAAAAUGAUUCUACACAUAUUCAAUCUGAUAGAACAUUAUUCAGAUUGUCUGAUACGUCUGAUUCAGAAGAGUCGGACAGAAAUAGUAAAAUAGAUAAAAAACAAUCAUAUCACGAUAAAACAACUUCUUCAGAUGGCUCAAUAAAUGAGUCUAUUUUUAAACCUUCAAAAAGAGAUAUGGCUAAGUAUAGAAAUAUAUUACAUUCAAGUGAUGAUGAAAAAUCAAAAAAUAGUAACUUGGAUGAAUCAAGUGACGAUUCUUCAUCUAAAAAAAGUCUAUCUUUAAUAGAAUCUGAUGAAAGUGGUGAAGAAUGUUUACUUGAAGAAUAUAUGGAUAAGCCUAUUGAUACAACAAAUAUUAUAGCUAAUGAAUCUUUUAAACCUCUUAGAAAGUUUAAAACCAAUCAAGCUAUAAUCUUAGAUUCUAGUGAAGAAAGUCAAACUAUGACAAAGAAUAUCUGUAAUGAAACCAAUUUAAUUUUAGAAUCAGAUUCUGAAGACAAUAUUAUAAGUUCACCACAUAAAACAUUUCAAAUACCUAAGAAUGUUAAUCGUGAAGAAUCUCAUAUUGAAGCAAAAUUAAAUGAUUUAUCUUUAAUUGAACCUAGUGAUUCUGAUGAUGAACUGUCUGCACAUCAAAAAUCAACUGUUACAUCUUCUAAACAAAACCGACCAUUUAUCGAUGAUUUGAAAUUUUCAAAUACUAUUUAUUCUUUACAUGAUCCAAUAUCUCAGAGUAGUAUUUUAGAAUAUCCAAACUCUGAUAAUGUAAACAUUGAACAAUCGUCAAAUAUAAAAAAAAAUGAGAAAAUUAUUGAAACAAUUGAUUUAAUUGGUGAUAGCCCAAAAACGUCUAAAUUAUGUUUACCACCAAAACAUCAUGAUUUAACAAUUGAUUUAACUGAUGAAAAGGUUGAUGGAAAAUCUUCUGUAUUGUCAAAAGAUAUUUUAAUCAAUGAUUCAAAAAAACCAAUGAGUGAGGAUUUUCAGUCCCUGAAAAUGGAAAAAAUAAGAUUAGAAGAACUUUUGAGACGAUUUACAAAAAAUAUUGCCAACAUGAAAAACACUAUGAAAAUUACAAAUUUAAAUUUAUUACCCGAUGGAGGUUAUAAAUUAAAAAGAGCUAUAAUAAAAGAAGAAAGUGCACUUAGAGAUACUACAACACAAUUCAAUAAUGUUCUCAAAAAAUUGGAAGGUUACCCAGAUGAACCAAAAGUACUUCAAAAACCUCAUUCAAAUUAUUUGCAAACAUUAGAUAUUAAUAAUGCAUUGACAAAAAAGGCUGCUGGUAAUAUCGACAUAAAAGCUAUGGGUGACAAAGCUUUGAAUACUUAUCGUACACAGCAAACUAUGACUUUGGAUGUCCUUAAUAGUUUACAUAAGUCAUUAGGAACGUGUCCAUCUUCUAAUAUUUUAGCUGAUGACCCACAAACACUUAAAGUAGAGCUUAUGCCCCAUCAAAAGCAUGCUAUCGCUUGGUUAAUGUGGAGAGAGAUCCAAAAACCUCAUGGAGGUGUUUUAGCUGAUGAUAUGGGUUUAGGAAAAACCUUAACAAUGAUUUCUCUAAUUCUUAAAGCAUAUGAAACUAAGAAGGACCAAAGUGAAGACUCUGAUACAGAUGAUUCUUUUGAAGACUCAAAUCAUAAUUCUUUUAAAGGAGGAACCCUUAUAGUAUGUCCAUCAUCGUUAAUUGGCCAAUGGGAAAACGAACUAAAAUCUAAAGUAAAACCAAGAGUUUUAGAUUCUAUUAAAUAUUAUGGCGCAAGUAGAGAGCCUUCUGCGAGAAAGUUGGCAAAAAAACAUAUAGUUAUAACUACUUAUAAUACAGUCAUGUGGGACCAAAAAAAUAAUAAAAGAAGUCCACUAUAUCAAAUAAAAUGGUGCCGAAUCAUUCUUGAUGAAGCCCAUACAAUUCGAAACCCUAAAAGUCAAACUUCUGUAGCGGUGUGUUCACUUUCUGGUAUAAAUCGAUGGGCAUUGACUGGAACACCAAUUCAUAAUAAAGAAGCAGACUUUUAUGCAUUAUUAAAAUUUAUUAAGUGCCGGCCUUUUGAUGAAUGGGCAGUUUGGAAACGAUGGGUAGGAAAUAAUGAUGAUGCUGGUAAAAACAGACUUUCCUUGUUAAUAAAGGCAUUAAUGUUACGACGUACAAAGGAUCAAUUAAAAGAAACAACAUCAUUUGAUUUACCACCAAAAACAUUUCAUACUAUAAAAGUUGAUUUGUUUAAGGAAGAAAAAGAAGCUUAUGAAAAAGUUUUACAGUUCUCAAGUACGCUUUUUGCCAAAUAUCUAUAUGAAAAAGCUGAAAAAGAAAAUGCUGUUGAACGUGGUUUUCCAGUGAUAAACAAAGCUAAAUAUUUGAGUCAAAAUAGUGACAAUAAUAUUUUUAAAGAUCAUCCUGAAUUGGAUAAAUUAUUCAAACAGCUAUUGAAUAACAAAAACAUUCAAGCACAUCAUAUCUUAGUAUUAAUUUUGCGACUAAGGCAGUUAUGUUGUCAUCCAUGUUUAUUAAAAAAUAUGUUGGAAGAUGAAAGUCUUAAGGUUGAUGGCAUACAAGAUAUUGGUGAUGUAGAUAUAGUAGAUCAUUUGAGUCGAAUGUCUAUAGGUGUUCCAAGUGUUGAAAAAGAUACUGUUAAAAAUAGUAACGUAAUUUUUAAAGAAACAUGGAUUAGUUCGAAGAUAAAAGCUGUUUGUGACAUGGUUAAGGAAAAAGUAUUGUGUACAGAAGAUAAAGCAGUAAUUGUUUCCCAAUGGCCAAGUGUGUUAAAUCUUGUAAAUAAACAAUUAUCUCAGUAUAAUGUUAAAACUGAGAUAUUUAGUGGAGUUGUUCCUGUUCUGCUUAGAAAUAAAAUGAUUAGUGAAUUUAACAAAGUCAACAGUGGACCAAAGAUAUUAUUACUGUCACUAACUGCUGGUGGUGUUGGUCUCAAUUUGGUAGUGGCCAACCAUUUGUUUUUGGUGGAUAUUCAUUGGAAUCCACAACUUGAAGCUCAAGCAUGUGAUCGCAUUUAUAGAGUAGGACAACAAAAACCAGUCAAUGUGUACAAGUUUGUUUGUAAUGACACCAUUGAAACAUCAAUCCAAACAAUUCAAACUAAAAAAAUUGAGAUUGCUAAUAAUGUUUUUGGUGGUUAUAGUAAUGUAGAAGGUAAUAAGAUUACUUUAGAUGACCUCAAAGUAAUAUUUAAUAUAAACCCUAAUAAAGUUAAAACUUAGUUAAAUUUAUUUAUACUUAUAUAUCUUAUAAUUAAGAUUGUAUCAUACUUAUUUGAUUUAUACUACUUUACGACUUCAUUCAUUGUUUAUGAUUUGGAUUUUAUACUGGAAACAAAUUUUUUAAAUUAUUUC